AUUGGUCUGACGCGUAAAGUUUGUCUUGGCUCAAUAUUCCGUGGUUUUGGCCAAUAGAUUCCCUCAGGAUCAGGCUACAUGGAGGUGGAGGCCGCUCAAUACUCGGUGCACGCGGUGUGCCGCAUCUGCUUGAAUCGCCUGCCGGAGGACGGCGUCGGAACGGGGUCCUUCGACCUGUUCCUUAUUCCCGGACUGGCCAAAAAGCUGUGCGUGUGCACCUCGCUUUCCGUAGAGCAGUCAGAUGGGUUUCCCAAGAGCCUGUGCACGCCGUGUUUUACUCGACUGGACGAUCUGCACGAGUUUCAGAAGCUGUGUGUGGACUCGGCGCAGAAGUUCCAGGACAUGGUGGCCAGAAACGUAUUUUGCCCGCCGGCGAGCUCGCAGAUCAAAACCUUUGAUUUACUGAACGUUGCCGGUAACGAGGCUGAGUUGGUGGGCCAGGAGGAGGAGGAUCGCAUCAACUUCGAUCCACUGCUGGAUCACAAAAUGGAGUUGAUCGAGAACGAGGAGGAUGUGUUCAAGAUGCUGGAGCAUGUGGACAAGGAAGCCGAGCAAGUGGAGAAGGAGGUGAAGCAGGACGAGCUGGAUGCCGCCGACCUAAUGACCAUCUUCGCGGGCGAAUCCUCCGACGAAAGCGAAGACGACUUUGACCAAGAUGCAGACUUUGAGCCGAACAGCAGUGAUGGCGACGACGAUGUGCCCCUGGCCCAGCGCUUAAAAGAAAGCGCUCGGGCGAAACCAAAAGCCAAGCGAGCCCUUAUAAAGGAGGAGGAUCAGGAAUUCGUAUCGGGUUCCGGGGAAGAGGAUGAUGAGGAGGACAAGUCGAAGACCAGGCGCAAGAGGAUUCCGGCCGGUGAACGACACCUGCACCGCAUCAUCGACUGCCAUAUCUGCCAUCAGAAGUUCAAGAAAGCCAUCCGCUACGAGGAGCACAUGAAGCACCACAACGAUCUACUGCCCUUCCAGUGCAAGGUUGAAACCUGCAGGAAAGGUUUCACCACCGCCGGCGGUUUGAGGCUCCACAUCGACCAUGCCCACACGGAGCUGUCCGAGGUUCAUUCAUGCAGUGUCGAUGGUUGCGGCAAGACCUUCCCGCGGAUCCGCCUACUCACCUUCCACUUGAAGAAGGUGCACGGCAUCACGAAGGCGGCGGCGCCGCCACGGGAUUAUCCCUGCUCUGAGUGCGAAAAGGUGUUCCGCUGCCCCAUGGCGCUAAAGAAGCACAUGUACAAGCACGACGGCAAGGAGCUGCCGUUCCCCUGCAACAUCUGUGGGAAACGGUUCGUGAUCAACAGUGCUUUAAAGGAUCACCUGAUGAGGCACGCGGGCAUCAAGAACUACGUGUGUCCCUAUUGUGGCGUGGGCAAAACCACCAGACAGGAGUGGAACACGCACAUUUUGACGCACACCCAGGAGAAGAAGUUCAAGUGCCACAUCUGCGAACAUGCCUCGCAUAACAAGCAAAGUCUGGCGAACCACAUUAAGAUCGUGCACGAGAAGAUCAAGAACUAUGCGUGCCAGUACUGUGGAAAGACCUUCGGCAAGUCGCAUGCCUGCAAGAUUCACGAGAUGACGCACGGGGAGAAGCGCUGCGAAUGCAAGGUCUGUGGCAAGAAGUUCCUCUACCCCAAAAGCCUGACCAAGCACUUGAAGACGCACGAAAAGCGAGUGCUCCGGGCCAUUGAAACCUAUCGUCAGCGGCAGGUGGAAAUGGGCGAGUCACCCGGCGACCAGGUGGACAAUACCCCAGCGCCACCGGUUGAGGGAGUAUCAAUCGAACCGAUCAUGUCACAAAACGCAACCGACGAAUUACUCAAAGUGUGCGCGGAGUCAGUGGCCACCAUACCUAAGGAUCCGCGCCGCGUCCAACGGGUGGACAUAGCCCAGUUGGCCGGCACCGCCGUAAAUCCCAUACCCUCGGUUUCGGUGCCCUCGUGGUCGCCGCAGGUGAACUUCACCAAGAAGGAGGGCAAGCACAUUUGCCCCGGUUGUGGGCAGGGCUUCAACAAUAUCGGAAACAUGAAGCGGCACUACAAAAUCAUUCACGAGAAGGUCAAAGACUUUGCCUGCCGUUUUUGCCCGAAGAGAUUCGCCAAGGCACAAACGCUGAGGCAUCACGAGUGGAUACAUACGGGGGAGAAACCCUUCGAGUGCAAGACCUGCGGCACCCAUUUCCGCCAGGAGACGGCAUUGAAGCGCCAUCAACGCACCCACGAGAAUCGCCCGCCCGUAAUCUCACCCAAGUUCUACGCCGCUCGCGAAGAGCUGGAGGAGCAGGAGAGGAGCAAGCGCGAGGCAAAGCGUCAGGCGGAGGCUAAGAGACGCGAAAUAGCCGAGGCGGCCAAGGAGCAACUCUCAUCGCUGCACAAAUUGGAAAGUAGCGAUCGCAACCUGCACUCGUACGAUGAAUAUCAGGAGGCGGCGGCGGAACGAGCAGCUGCAUCCGCCGAGCUCCAGGCGCAGCAGUUCGAAGAGAACGAGGUGAAGCGACGGGCGGACGAGGAGCGGCGCAAGAUCCAGGAGGCUGCCUAUGAGCAACUGCAGCGUCUGCAGAGCCAGCAGGAAAUCGACAAGGCGCAGAGCUCCUACGAUGGCUACUACGCACAGAAGGCACACUCCGAUGGCACAAGUCUGGACGCUUUAAAAAUCGACCAUGUCUGA